AUGGACGUAGCGAACAACAACAAGGAUGAACAAUUGUCACUGGAAGCAUCCAGUCAUCUAUUCAAGAAGAUGGGCAAUUAUGACACCAAGGUGAUUGCCAACGUACUCAAGAAAGGCAAACGUCUGCCUCUGUUGCGACUGGAUCGCUGCAAUAUAGACAAUCAAAAGGUCAAGCCCAUCACUGACGCGCUAAGGCAGCAGGCCUUGGUCGAGUCACUUGACCUGUCAGACAACCGCAUCUCGCUGCUGGGCGCUCGUGAGAUUGCAGGCGCACUGUCUAUCAACAACACACUACAACAUCUCAAGUUGGACAGCAAUCCAAUUGGCGAUGAUGGACUCGCUGUGAUCCUGGCCGCACUCAAGAGUGGCUGUGGACUCAAGUCACUCUAUCUUUCAGACUGCUCCAUCACGGAGCGUGGCGCCACAUCACUUGCCACAAUGCUGGAACACAACAAGACAUUGAUCACGCUUCACAUCAACAGCAACGUCAUUGGUCCAGUCGGAUCAAAGUCUCUGGCCAAGUCACUGUCGCGCAAUUCAUCACUUAGACAACUGAGCAUGUACAACUGUAAUGUCAGUGAGGAGUCGGCCAAGUCCAUACUGAGCAAGCUGGAAAAGGGCAAGCUGUCUUUGACCAACCUGUUCAUGCCUAGCAAUCCAAUCACUCCUCAAACUAUGGACAGCAUCAAGUCGGUGAUGGCGAAGCGUGCACUUUUGGAGAAACAAAGGCGAUUGAAGGAGGAUGCCUCAAACAUUAUCAAUCAGGAGGUGGAGAAGAUGGUCAGUCUCAAGUUGAAGGAGACCAAUGAUCAGACCAAGAAGCAACUGGAAGACAAGCUCAAGAACCUUGGCAAGAAGGAGGAAGAGAUGCACAGCAAGGAGAAGCAUCUGACCAAGAACCAAUCUGAGCUCCAGAACAAGAUGCAGGCCUUUGAGAAGAAGAUUGCACUUGAGAAGGAUAGAAAGGAGAAGGAGAAAGAGAAGGAGAAGGAGAGAGAGGAGAGAGAGAAGGAGGAGAGGGAGAAAGAGAAGGAGAAAGAAAAGGAGAAGGAGAAGGAGGGCAAGGUCAAGCCAGACAAGUCAGAAUCAAGUGGAAGCAGUAUCAAGAUGCGUAGGAAGAAGAAUGGAGACACAACUACAAUAGUGUUGGCAGGAGACAAGUCCAACGACAAGUCAGCAAUGAUGGAGUACUUCAUAUCUGUGGUGGACGACCUGGACAUCAUCUCAGACAAUGAGUACGAGAAGACUGUCAGUGGCAGCAUUGUGAUCGAUGGAAAGAAGGUCAGCUUCACCCUUGUCAAGACAUCGGAGAAUGACAAGUACUCAAGACUACGCGCACUCCAGUACGAGGCCGCCGACGCCGCCAUCGUUGUCUACACGGUGACCGACCGCAUGACAUUCGAGGACGUCACAUUCCAGUGGCUGCCAGAGAUCAACUUCAUGGGCAAGAUACCAAUCUUCCUGUCAGGCAUGCACAGCGACAAGAGAAACAACCCACCAACCGCCAGCGAGGUGACCGAGGAGGAGGGCAAGCAGCUGGCCACCACUAUCACCGCCAAGGUAUUCUGUGAGCCCAACUGCGCCGAGGACUUUAGAAAGAUGAUGUCACUCAUGCACAAGUCGAUGAAGAAGAAAUAA